AUGGCUCCCAAUGCCGCAGACAAAUGCCCCGUUAUGGCUUCCAAUGCUGCGGACAAAUGCCCCGUUAUGAAUCCCAAUGGAUUUUCACCAUCUAGACAAAGCCAGGGCCCCAAGGACAUCUACACUCUCGAGGCUCUAUCCCAUUUCAACCGGGAGAAGAUCCCGGAGCGAGCUGUCCAUGCCAAAGGUGCUGGAGCAUACGGAGAAUUCGAGGUGACCGAAGACAUCUCAGACAUCUGCAACAUUGAUAUGCUGCUCGGUGUUGGCAAAAAGACGCCAUGUGUGACUCGCUUUUCAACAACUGGCCUGGAGCGCGGGUCGUCCGAUGGAGUUCGAGACCUGAAAGGCAUGGCCGUUAAAUUCUUCACGGACCAGGGAGACUGGGACUGGGUCAGCCUCAAUUUCCCCUUCUUCUUCAUCCGCGAUCCCUCCAAGUUCCCCGACUUGAUACACGCGCAGCGACGGGACCCCCAGACGAACCUCAUGAACCCAAGUAUGAUCUGGGAUUUCGUGACCAAGAACCCCGAAGCACUACACAUGACGCUCUUGCAGCACAGUGAUUUUGGCACCAUGUUCACCUGGCGGACGCUGAGCAGCUACGUGGGCCAUGCGUUUAAAUGGGUCAUGCCUGAUGGGUCUUUCAAAUAUGUGCACUUCUUCCUGGCGUCUGAUCGCGGCCCCAACUUCACAGAUGGAACAUCGGCCAAGGUUGAUCCUAAUGACCCUGACGCUGCCACUAAAGAUCUGUACGAGGCUAUCGAGCGCGGCGACUAUCCGUCGUGGACUGCUAAUGUCCAGGUUAUUGAUCCCAAGGACGCUCCCACAUUGGGAUUCAACAUCCUCGACGUCACUAAGCACUGGAACUUGGGCACAUACCCCAAGGGCCUGGAGACUAUCCCGUCCCGUACAUUCGGCAAGCUCACUCUGAACCGCAACGUGAAGGACUACUUCACUGAGGUCGAGAAACUGGCCUUCUCACCCUCGAACCUUGUCCCUGGCGUUGAGCCUUCCGAAGACCCUAUCCUCCAGGCUCGCAUGUUUGCCUACCCCGAUGCCCAACGUUACCGACUUGGGGCCGGUAAUAUGAAGCCGCCUGUCCGCCGAGUUGGCACCUCACACGAGCAAGACCUAGGACCGGAGUUUGCUAAAUGGGUUGCCCAGGCCUCUUCAGAGGCAUGGUCGCACCCGAUUGAAGACGACUACAAGUUUGCCAGGGAAUACUACGAAGUUCUGCCUGAAUUCCGAAGCCAAGAGUUCCAAGACAGGAUGGUUGACAACAUGUCCCAGUCCGUAGCUCACGGAUCCGAGGAACUCAGAGGCAGAGUCUACGAGACGCUCCGGCUUGCCUCCCUAGAGCUUUCUAGCCGUGUUCGCGAAGGAGCGGAGAAGAUUGUGGCCGACAGAAUUCGGCCUGAACGGGCCCAGCCUGGGCAAUUGAGGUUGUAG